AAUUAUUCAUUCGGUCGAUAUAAGAAAAAAAGAAAUAUUAGUUAAAAAAAUUGUUAGGAAGAUUUUAUUACUAAAAAGAAUUUUUUCUGAUAAAAUUAUUAACAAUAAUUAACUUUUCUUUUAACAAGUUUCAUAUUUAAGAGGAAGAACCAUAUUUUUUUAUAAAAAAAAUAAAUACAUUCUUAAUUAUUUUUUUAGUUAUUUUUUGUUAAUUUGUUUUAUAUUUCGUACAAUUUUCGUUCAGAAAUUAUUUUUUUCAAUUUUUUUCUGUGAUUUUUCAUCAUUUUUUUCUCUAAUUAUCAAUAGAAAUAAAAAUGGAAAAAAUUGUGAAAAUUAAUUAAACUUUGAGACAGAUAAAAUUUAUUGAUAUAAAAAAUUCUCAAAUGAAUAAAAAAACUAUAUUACAAUAUAUUUUUUUCAGUAUUUAGUUAUUUUUAGCUAUCAUAAAUAUUAAAAAAUUUUCUGAUUAAUAAUUGUGAAAUUAAUUGUUUGUCUAAUUAUUCAUCUCUCACAACCGUUCUUUUAGUGUCAUUUAUUUUUAAGAAAUUAUCUACAUUAUUUUAAUUAUAAUCUUAUAUCUUCUAUUAGUAUUUUUAGCUCUUUAACAUUACCAAGAAAUAUUAAAAAAUCAAAGGUUACUCUUUCUUCUCCCACCCCUCCCUACCCCCCACACACACGCAAUAAAAAAACAAAGCUCACAAACAUUACACACACACGCAAUAAAUAAAAAGGAGGUCAGAAAGAAGACCUAACGCCGUUGCCGUCCAUCCUCUCUCUGGGGUCUCAGCUCACUCAACCCAGAAAGACACCGUCCAACUUUUUGCAUGGUUAAACCCCAAAUAAUCAUACAAGAUACAAGCUUGUCGUCAUCUCCAGUGGUCCCGGCGUCUCCAUUUUUUUCAACAGGUUGUCACACGUGGGUAGGUGCUACUUUUGUUAAUCAUCUCGAUUAGGAAGCUACAUUUAAGGUAACAUACUAAAAUUAAGAGACAAGAUAUUUUCUUUGUUCUUGAAUCUUUAUACCAACUCUCUCUAUCUGAUAAGGCUGAAUGGCCAUGGAUUCCAAUAGAGAAGAUCCAAACAGGAGGUUUUUAGCAACCCAGCAAUACUGGCCCAACGGAAAGGAACUGAUUUUUAGAUUUUGCCUUUUCAGUAAGCAGGGUGACACAGCUCUUCCUCCAACUUUUGUUUCAACUCAUGGGGAAUGAUUAGGUCCAAUGUUCUAUGUUAUUGACGAGCUAGAUAAUUGUAUAGUCCUGGAGGUGAUAAGAAAUAAUGAUCAGUUGCUCAUAACUGACUACUCAUUUGAACAGAUUAGAACUUUCUAUCUUAUCGAUAGAGAGGCAUUUGUUCAAUUUAGGUAUGUCGAUUUUGGAAUUUUUUUUAUUUCAUUGUGGGAUAAGGACAACCAACCCAUCCAAGUUCACCUUGAUCCUAAUGCAUAUGUGCCUGAGCUAAUGGACCCAAAGACACUUGAUAAUGUAUCAAGAGUGUUCCACAUCAAGUAUACCAGGAUUGAUGAGGAGUCAUCAGCUAAUGUGAUGGUUCUAUCUGGGUCUGAACCAUCUGAUGAUCAGUUUUCAUCAGAUGGUGAUGAAAACAAUGAUCAAGAUGGGACAAUGGUAGGGGAUAAUCCGCAUAAUCUGAUAGAUUUGUCUAGUGGAAUCAGUUUAUCAUUGGAGGUCAACGAACAAAGUAACGCGGCAAACGAAUUGGUUGAUCCUAGGUAUGCUCCAGAGGCUUCUUUUGAAAAGAUCAUCACAGCUUCAGAUGUCGGACAAUCUAGAUUGUAUUUGGCUUCAAAAUUUGCUGCAAAUCUUAAACCAUCUGGAGAUGGUUCGAUUUGGACGAUCACCGGUCCAGAUUCCAAUGUAGAGAAGAAUGUGUUCUUUUUCCACUUACUGAAAAGUGGAGGAAGAGGUACAGAAUGGAAAUUUGGACUCGGGUGGAGUGAGGGUUGUAGAAUAUACAAUUUAAAGGAGGGUGAUAUCAUUUCUUUGAAACUCAGCUCGAUAGCUAACCGCCAGAUAGAGUUAUCGAUUCAGCGAUGUUAGGCCUCCUAUGUAUAACUCUAUUUAAUGGAUAUUUUGAAUUAUGUAUUAAGUUGUCUUGGAAAUAUUUUAUUUUUUGUUUAAUGAACAAAUUUAUAUAUGUUGUAUAUAUUUUGUUUUGCUAUCAGUAAGUAUCUUGACGUUAUGUGUUUUUAACAUAAUACGUAAUAGUAAACUACAUCUCUGUUGGACUUCU